AACGAUGCCCGUGGUUGAGGGCAGCGAUCUGGUCCAGCUGCAGCGCCGUCGUCAACAGGUGCGCAACAUCUGCAUUUUGGCGCAUGUGGACCAUGGAAAGACGACGCUGGCGGACGCACUGGUGGCCAGCAAUGGCAUCAUUUCGCAGCGGAUGGCGGGCAAGCUGCGCUACCUGGACAACCGGGCGGAUGAACAGGAGCGCGGCAUCACGAUGAAGAGCAGCAGCAUCUCUUUGUACUACCAGGAGGCGGAGGAAAUGGCCGGUAAUCCGGACUAUCUCAUCAAUCUCAUCGAUUCCCCGGGUCACGUGGACUUCUCCAGCGAGGUUUCCACGGCGGUGCGUCUGUGUGACGGCGCCAUUGUCGUGGUGGAUGUGGUGGAGGGCGUGGGUCCCCAAACGCGAGCCUGCCUGAAGCAAAUCUACGAGGAGCAACUGAAACCCGUCUUGGUGCUCAACAAACUGGAUCGCCUGAUCCUCGAGAAGCAGAUGGAACCCCUCGACGCCUACUUCCAUUUAACCCAGGUCCUGGAGCAAGUCAAUGCCGUUUUGGGCAGCAUUUUUGCCUCUGAUAUCUUAGCUAGGGAGGAUAUCACCAAGAAAGACAACUACGAGUCGGCGCUGGAGGAAGUGGACGACUCGGAGCUGUAUUUCUCUCCCGCCUCGGGCAACGUCAUCUUCUGCUCCGCCUACGAUGGCUGGGCCUUCUCCGUUCGCGACUUUGCCGCCAUGUACGCCAAGCGUUUGGAGAUGAAGCGCAGGGAUUUGGAGCAGGUCCUCUGGGGCGACUACUAUUAUAAUUCAAAGAAGAAGGAAGCCUUGCCGGGUGCCCAGGAGAAGGCCAAGAAGCCGAUGUUUGUCCAGUUCGUGCUGGAGAACAUUUGGAGCCUGUACGACAUCAUAGCUAUUAGAAAGGAUAAGGAUAAGCUCCCUGGAAUAGCCGAAAAACUGGGUCUUAAACUGGCCGCCCGGGAUCUGCGUCUCACCGAUCCCAAGCUGCAGAUCAAGGCUGUUCUGGGGCAAUGGCUACCCAUCGACAGGAGUGUCCUGCACAUGGUAGUCGAGCAUGUGCCGCCGCCGCACAAAAUCAGCGAGGAGAGGGCGCAGCGUUUGCUCUAUCCAGCAAAUGUGGAUUUGAGUUCGCUGCCCAAGGAAACCCUUCAGCUUAAGGAGAGCUUCAUCAGUUGCGAUGCGGAUAGUUCGAAUGUCAUUGCCUUUGUGUCCAAAAUGACGCCAGUGCACAUAUCGCAUUUGCCACAGAAUCGACCGAAAAGGCUGACGGAAGAGGAGGUGCAGCAGCGCAGGGAUGAUGUGCGUCGGCGGAUCGAGGAGAGGAAGCUGCAGAGCGAGCAGACGGAGCUGGAGAAGCUCAGCCAGGGCGUGGAGCAGCUGAGCACCCAGGUGGAGGUGCCUAAAACAGAAGAAUUCUCACCAGAGGAAGCGGAAUUCGUUUUCAUAGCCUUUGCCCGAGUUUUUAGCGGCACUUUGAAGCGCGGCAUGCAGCUGUUUAAUCUCUCGCCCAAGCACGAUCCUCGCCAGCCGACGCAUCGCCAGGAGGAUCAAGCGCCCUACGCCAGUCGCGUGACCAUCGGAGAUCUUUACAUGUUCAUGGGCGGCGAACUGCAGCUGCUGGAUGAAGUGCCUGCGGGAAAUAUCGUGGGAAUCGGUGGCCUGGAAUCGCAUAUCCUUAAAACCGCCACCUUGAGCAGCAGCCUGGACUGCACCUCCUUCAGCGAACUAAGCAUCAUGGCCACUCCGAUUCUCCGCGUGGCCAUCGAACCCGUUCAGCCGCAGGAUAUGCCCAAAUUGGUCAAGGGAUUGAAGCUGCUAAAUCAAGCGGAUGCCUGUGUCCAGGUUUCGGUGGCUUCGACGGGCGAGCAUGUGAUCACCACCUUGGGCGAGGUGCAUGUGGAAAAGUGUGUCCACGAUUUGGAGCAGAGCUACGCGAAGAUCAAGGUGAACGUUUCCAAGCCGAUUGUUUCGUUUAGGGAAACCAUUGUGCCCGCUGCCACGGUGGACAUGGUGAACGAGGCUAUUGUCAAGACGGCGGAGGACAAGGAUGUGAGCAAGAAGAUUGCCAUCCAGCAGACGCUCAACAAGUUGGGCACCCUGAAGGUCAUUGCGGUGCCCCUGCCGGCAGAAGCUGUGGAAUUGCUUGAGAAGCAUUCGGAAUUCUUCAAGGAACUGGCUGCCAUUCCGCGGAAUCAAGUGCUCUCGGAAAAGUGGACCACCCUGCUGGCCAGCUUAAAAGUAAAACUGAUUGCCGCUCUGCAGGAUCUGCAGCUGUUUGGACUGAGUAACCUAUCCACCGAAGAGCUGGUCAAUCGAAUCUGGGCAUUGGGUCCCCGCAAUUGCGGCACCAACAUUCUGCUCAACCUUAGCGAUUACGAGCAGCCCGACUUCUGGUCAAGUCAUGCCAAAUCCGAUACAGAUGUUCGUUCCAAGUCAGAUCCGCGCAAGGAUUUCAAUAGCUCUCUGGUGAAUGGAUUCCAACUGACCUCCGUGGCGGGUCCUUUGUGCGAGGAGCCCAUGCAAGGCGUUUGUUUUGCGGUUCUCGAGUGGUCCAUUCAAACGGAGGGAGAGGACUUGAACUCACGUGGUCCCUUUUCGGGUCAGGUUUUGACUGCUGCCAAGGAGGUUUGUCGACAGGCCUUCCAGAAUCAGGCUCAAAGAUUAGUCACGCCCAUGUAUAGCUGCAGUAUUGUGGUCAAUGCAGAAAUGUUAGGGCUGUAG